AGUCUUGAACUCGAUCGAGGAACAGUCGCUGCCGGUUUGAGCGAACGAAAAUUUUUGGUGUAUAAAAUCAGUUCCCAUAGAACAAGAACAGUAACAAGCGUGCGUAACCGUCUCGGUUGAACAGAACGAUCAUUUCCCUCUGUGUCCGCUGGCGAGAGUGUCAAUCCCGAAAGACCUACAAAAAUGUCUGACCGAAAGGCUGUAAUCAAGAAUGCUGACAUGUCCGAGGAGAUGCAGCAGGAUGCUGUUGACUGUGCAACUCAGGCCCUUGAAAAAUACAACAUUGAAAAGGAUAUUGCAGCGUUUAUUAAAAAAGAAUUCGACAAAAAAUACAAUCCAACGUGGCAUUGCAUCGUAGGACGUAACUUUGGAAGCUACGUGACGCAUGAAACUAGACAUUUUAUCUAUUUCUACCUGGGACAGGUAGCCAUCCUUCUCUUCAAGAGCGGAUAAACUGAAUUCUUAAUUCUAUGUUUACCAUCCUUUCUUCCUCCCUUCACACACGCUACACGGAAUACCUUAAAUCACGUCGCCGUCUGUAAGAGAAAUUACAUUUUGUAUACAAUGGAAAUUUGUUUUACAAGCGAAAAAAACAUGCUCCCAGUAAAAGAGUAAAAAAAAGUAUAUAUAUAUAUACACUCAUUGGUACUAUUGACUUGCUGUUUUACUUAUCUCGGGAGAUAAGACAAUGACAAAAAGAAGAAAAAAAAGAAACUUGUGUAGAGAAAUACAAAGAGAUACGGGGGAGGUAAUUAGCUGAACGAAAAGAGGGGGGAAAAACCAAUUUGACAUACAAUCUUACAUGUUAAGAUGUAUCGUGUAUGCCAGAAAGUUUGUUGUGUUCUUGUUUUAUAUUAGGUAUAUAUAAUAUGAUGCGAGGUUGAGUUCAAAACUGGCGAUUAUUAAAAUUUAAUAAAUUUUUAGUGUUCGCAACACUUAGUGCACCUGAGUAUAUGUAAAAGUUUCAUACAAAUUGCAUGUAUGGUUUUUAUUGUCUUACGAUGUUCGAGGAAAGAAAAAAAACAAACAACGCUGUAUUCGAUUGUCGUCAAUAAUGAAUGUAAGCCAAAAUAAUGGAUUGCAUACAAACGUUAUUUAAUAUGUGACUUUGUAAAUCUUUCCCUUUGUUCUGUAAUGCUGUACAACAGAUUCGUUGACUCUCGAAUUCACGUAAGUUCUGACAUACUUGCUAGUUUUAAAUGAUCGGUGGCUAAGGGAAGCUUAAUGUUAUAUCGGCGCGUCGUGUUAAUCUGCAUCCGAGCAUAAUAUAGUAACUAUUUAAAUGAAGUAAUGAAGUUUGAACACGACGUCGCGUAAUAUCGAGAUCGAGUCAUUGUCGUAGUUUUGCAGUCUUUUACAAUUAUGCACAGAACUUUGCAAUCGUAUUACCUUAAGGCGAUCUACACUUAGGGAGACCAUUUUAAUUCUUUUAUUUGUCUUUUAUCUUUUUAAAUUUCGGAGAAUUUCUAUGUAUUCAGCCCAUAAAUUUAAAUUCUAUCUCCUUUAUGUAACAUCUAAUA